UGUCCGUGCUGUGUCCCUGCCGUGUCCGUGCUGUGUCCGUGCCGUGUCCGUGCCGUGUCCGUGCAGUCCAUGCCGUGCCCGGUGUGCGGAUCCGCUCCGGUUCCGUACGCGGUUCUACCGGAGGUGGCUCUGUGCCGUUCCCGCUCCGUGUCGGUUCUGCGGGAGGCGGACCGGAGCCGUGCCGGGGCUGUAGCGGGGGCUGUGCCCGGUUCUGCGGGAGGCGGACCGGAGCCGUGCCGGGGCUGUAGCGGGGGCUGUGCCCGGUUCUGCGGGAGGCGGACCGCAGCCGUGCCGGGGCUGUAGCGGGGGCUGUGCCCGGUUCUGCGGGAGGCGGGUCCGCUCUGACUCACCGCCGUGUCGGGGCCGUGUCGGGGCCGCGGGAGGCGGGCCGGGGCUGGGCUGUGGCCGGUGCCGUACCCGGUGCUACCCCCGGUUCUGCACCGGUGCCGUGUCAGGGCCUUGGCCGGUUCCGUGCCGGUGCCGCGGGAGGCCGGACUGUAGCCGGGGCUGUAGCCGGGGCUGUAGCCGGGCUGUGACCGGGCUGUGGCCGGUUCCGUGCCGGUUCCGUGCCGGUGCUGUGGCCGGUUCCGUGCCGUGCCGGUGCCGCGGGAGGCGGGCCGGCGCGGGGGGCGGGCGCUCCGCUGUCUCGGAGCCGGCGGGCGAUGCGCUUCCUCCGCUGAGCGCAGCGCGGCCGAGCCGGCACGAUGACGGUGGAGUUCGAGGAGUGCAUCAAGGACUCGCCCCGGUUCCGGGCCACCAUCGAUGAGGUGGAAACGGACGUGGUGGAGAUCGAGGCCAAGCUGGACAAGCUGGUGAAGCUCUGCAGCAGCAUGAUCGAGGCUGGCAAGGUUUACAUCACCACCAACAAACAUUUUGUCAGCGGCGUGCGGGACCUGUCCCAGCAGUGCAGGAAGGACGAGAUGAUCUCGGAGUGCCUGGAUAAAUUUGGGGACAGCCUGCAGGAAAUGAUCAAUUAUCACAUGAUCCUCUUUGACCAGGCGCAGAGGUCGGUCCGGCAGCAGCUGCACAAUUUUGUCAAGGAUGACGUGAGGAAGUUCAAGGAGACCAAGAAGCAGUUUGACAAGGUGCGGGAGGACAUGGAGAUCUCCCUGGUGAAGAACGCGCAGGCGCCGCGCCACAAACCCCACGAGGUGGAGGAGGCCACGGGCACCCUGAGCAUGGCCAGGAAAUGCUUCAGGCACCUGGCCCUGGACUACGUCCUGCAGAUCAACGUGCUGCAGGCCAAGAAGAAAUUCGAGAUCCUGGACGCGAUGUUGUCCUUCAUGCACGCCCAGUUCACCUUCUUCCAGCAGGGCCACAACCUCCUGCACCAGCUGGAGCCCUACAUGAAGAAACUGGCCACCGAGCUGGACCAGCUGGUGAUCGACUCAGCCGUGGAGAAGAGGGAGAUGGAGCACAAGCACGCCCUGAUCCAGCAGAGGACCCUGCUGCAGGAUUUCUCCUACGAUGAUUCCAAGGUGGAAUUCAACGUGGACGCCCCCAACGGGGUGGUGAUGGAGGGUUACCUGUUCAAGAGGGCCAGCAACGCCUUCAAAACGUGGAACAGGAGGUGGUUUUCCAUCCAGAACAGCCAGCUGGUCUACCAGAAGAAGCUAAAGGAUGUCCUGACCGUGGUGGUGGAGGACCUGCGGCUGUGCUCGGUCAAGCCCUGCGAGGACAUCGAGAGGAGGUUCUGCUUCGAGGUCGUGUCCCCCACCAAGAGCUGCAUGCUGCAGGCUGACUCGGAGAAGCUGCGCCAGGCCUGGAUCCAGGCGGUGCAGGCCAGCAUCGCCUCCGCCUAUCGCGAGAGUCCCGACAGCUUCUACAUCGAGAGGCUGGACAGAACCGCCUCCCCCUCCACCAGUAGCAUCGACUCGGCCACGGAUUCGCGGGAGCGCGGCGGGAAGGGGGAGCCGAUGGUGCAGAGGGUGCAGAGCAUCCCCGGCAAUGAGCAGUGCUGCGACUGCGGGCAGGCGGAGCCGCGCUGGGCCAGCAUCAACCUGGGCGUGCUGCUCUGCAUCGAGUGCUCCGGCAUCCACAGGAGCCUGGGUGUUCACUGCUCCAAGGUCCGGUCCCUCACGCUGGAUUCCUGGGAGCCGGAGCUGCUGAAACUGAUGUGUGAGCUGGGCAACAGCACCAUGAACCAGAUCUACGAGGCGCAGUGCGAGGAGCUGGGGCUGAAGAAACCCACGGCAGGGAGCUCCAGGCAGGACAAGGAGGCCUGGAUCAAGGUGAAGUACGUGGAGAAGAAAUUCCUGCGGCGGCUGCCGGGCGGCGAGGCCGAGAGCGAGCGCCGACCGCGCCGCUGGUGCCUCAAGAAGUGCCAGCGCCACAACAGCGGCUCCCGGGCGCCCGCGGCGCGCAGGAAACACCGCCAGGAGCCCGGCAGCGCCUCCCCGGCCGUGCUGGCCUCAGCCGCCACCCUGGAGAGGAAAUUCCGCCGGGAUUCGCUCUUCUGCCCCGACGAGCUGGACUCGCUCUUCUCCUACUUCGACGCCGGCGCCGGCGCCGGCCCUCGCAGUCUGAGCAGCGACAGCGGCCUGGGGGGCAGCACCGACGGCAGCAGCGACGUCCUGGUGUUCGGCUCCGUGGUGGACAGCGUCACCGAGGAGGAGUGCGAGGUGUCCGAGGAGUCGAGCGGCGAGGCCGAGGUCGAGCAGGAGGCGUCGGACCUGGAGGACGUGCGGGAGCUGCACCCGGGGCUGGUGCUGUACCGGGCGGCCCAGGCCCGGAACCUGCCCCUGCUGGCCCAGGCGCUGGCCCACGGCGCCGACAUCAACUGGGCCAACGACGAGGACGAGGGCCAGACCCCCCUGAUCCAGGCUGUCAAGGGGGGCUCCUUGAUCGCCUGUGAGUUCCUGCUGCAGAACGGGGCUGACGUGAACCAGAGGGACGCGCGGGGCCGGGCGCCGCUGCACCACGCCACCUACCUGGGCCACACCGGGCAGGUGUGCCUGUUCCUCAAGCGCGGCGCCGCGCAGGACGCGCCCGACGGGGACGGGCAGGACCCGCUGAGCAUCGCCGUGAGCGCCGCCAACGCCGACAUCGUCACCCUGCUGCGCCUGGCGAGGAUGAACGAGGAGAUGCGCGAGGCCGAGGGGCCGCUGGGCCAGCCCGGGCAGUACCCGAGCAACAGCCCCACGGAGCUGCAGUACAGGAAAUGCAUCCAGGAGUUCAUCAGCCUCAACAUCGACGAGUGCUAGGGACAGCCCCGGGAGACCCCCUGGAUUCUCCUGGGAUUCUCCCGGGAUUCUCCUGGGAUUCUCCUCGGAAUCUCCUU